GCCCAGCCCUUCAACACAAGCAGCCACCUCACAGAGAGGGAGGGAGAGACGCACAAAGCUCCGCCGGCCUCAGUUCUUCUUGGGGGGGUGGGGGAUGAAGCCGUCGACGCUGCUGCGGAUAUAAACAGAAAAUUCACAGUAAAGGUGGAAAAAGCAGCACCGCCCCAAUAAGUCUCCCCUCUGACAGCUCCAUAGUGCUCCACCCAAAGCCCCGACCGACCCCCACCUGCUUCUGCUGCUCCACCCCUCCGCCGCUGCACCGCUCCGGCAACCGAGAUGCACACGGAGAACCGUAACAAGAAAUGCCAGUCAACUCCAAAGCAGAGGAAGAGCGCCGCCGGUGCCCGAAAGAAGCAGAGGAGCCCGGCCAAGCAGAGCACCGUGACCCAGCAGCCGUCAUCGCCGCCGCCGUCCUCGCCUCCGCCCCCCGCAGACCAUCGAGACCAGGAGGAGGAGGAGGAAGUGGCGACUGGGCCUCGGCCGCCGCACCAGGAAGAGGAGACGCUGAAGGAAGCGGGGACCGCCGGCGUCCGGGUGAAGCAGGAGGAAACGGAAGAGGAGAAGGAGGAGCAAGGCCAGAGAGACAUGCCCUCUGUCCAAAUCAAACCAGAGCCAGAGGAGAUGGAGUGCACGGCCGAUGUAGGUGAUGACUGCUCCGAACCGACGGACCUGAAGAUGAAGUCAGAAUUUAAGGCGGAGCCGUCUUCUCCUCACUCCAGUCACGCUGAGGACCAGACCGAACCCGUCGACCUGUCGCUCAACAAGCCCCACUCUGCUUCCAUGACGAGCGCCACAGUCAACCCGGCGCCCUGCAGCACCGUGUCGCAGCCGGGCCUCUCGGCCACGCCCGUUCCCUCCUCGGUACAAUCCAUAGGCUCCAUGGUCCUCUCUCCAGGUUCUAUCCUGGCCACACAGGGAGCCGGAGGACAGCAGAUUCUCCAUGUCAUCCAUACCAUCCCCUCAGUCAGCAUGCCCAGCAAAGUGGGCCAACUGCAGACCAUCCCGGUGGUGGUGCAGUCGCUGCCUGUCGUCUACACCGCCAUGCCCACGGACAGCGUCGCCACAGCAGCCAUCACAGUGCCGCUGAUAGGCAGUGACGGGCGCUCAGAGGGAUCAGUUCGCAUCAAGCCGGGUUCAACAUCACCAGUUGAGUAUCAGAGUGACAGCGAUGCGGAGAGCGGCACAGAGUCUGGAUCGGCCUCCCUCAGCGCUCAAAGCAUCGACGCAGGGUCAGUUAUGGACUUGGAGCCCGUUGAUCCCGACACACUAGACCUAAAGAGGCGGCGGAUCCACAUGUGUGAUUAUGAAGGCUGUAAAAAAGUUUACACCAAGAGCUCCCACCUCAAAGCCCACAGGAGGAUACACACAGGAGAGAAGCCGUACCACUGUACCUGGGAGGGCUGCACCUGGCGCUUCGCUCGCUCCGACGAGCUCACCCGACAUUUCCGCAAGCACACAGGAAUCAAACCUUUCCGCUGCACGGAGUGCGAUCGCUCCUUCUCCCGGUCAGAUCACCUGUCUCUGCACCGCCGUCGCCACGUGAUGAUGUGAAGGUUCCUCCAAACCAACCCGUGACCCCUCCCCUUGGAUUGUCAGA